AUGGUAACAUUAGACGGAGACUUUAGUGUGAUCACAGAAGGCAAAGCCAACAUUCUUUUCCCAAAGAAUAACGAAGUAUUCUAUAACAAUGUACAACAAUUCAACCGGGACAUGUCUAUCGCGGCCAUAAAAACAUGGAAAGCGUUAGCCGCUAGCGGAUUGCGAUCAAUUCGUUACGCAAAAGAAAUUCCAAAUAUAAAAUUCAUUAUGGCGAAUGAUCUAGAUUCUGAUGCUGUUGAAUCCAUGAACCGAAAUAUCAAAUACAACGGAUUAGAUAAGGACCUUUUAAGGGUAAAUCAGGACGAUGCUUGUUCGGUUUUAUAUCAGCACCGAAAACAUCCGGAUCGAUUUGAUGUAAUAGACCUUGACCCAUAUGGAACCGCGGCACCAUUUAUUGAUGGAACUGUGCAAGCUGUAGAAGAUGGAGGUUUGCUUUGUAUAACAUGUACCGAUCUGGCUAACUUAACGGGUUCAAAUUAUCCCGAAAAAUGUUAUGCAAAUUAUGGAGCUAUCCCUGUUCGAGGAGAAUUCUGUCACGAAAUGGCACUUCGAAUUCUUCUACACACUUUAUCUACUUCAGCUGCUAGGUAUCAGCGGCGUAUAUUACCGCUUAUGUGUUGUAGCAUUGACUUUUACAUUCGUGUUUUUGUAAGGGUCUUUACGGCUGCUGUUGAAGUAAAGAAGAAUCCUUGUAAGACAUCCAUGCUGUAUGUAUGCAAUGGAUGUCAUUCGCAUUAUAUGCAGCCCCUUGCCAAAGCAACCGACAAGAAAACUUUUGUACCAGUGUCCGGUCCAGUUGUUGAUAAACGCUGUGAACACUGUCAAAGUUCAUUUCAGGUAGGAGGGCCUAUGUGGAAUGAUGCACUUCAUGAUAAAGAAUUUGUUUGUAAGAUGCUAGAUCAUGUGAAAGCAUCUAACGAAGAGGCUUAUAAAACCCAUCCCAGGAUGUUGGGUAUGUUGACGGUGAUUUCCGAGGAAAUUGAUAGUCCUCUAUAUCACAAUCUUGCAAAUAUAUGUGGUACAAUUCAUUGCACGAAUCCGCCAUUAAAGGGUUAUAAAGUAUCUGCAUCUCAUGCAGCAGCGGGAUCCAUAAAAACGGAUGCACCGAUGAGCAUAAUAUGGGAUAUUAUUCGAUCAUGGAUUAGGCUUCAUCCAGUCACAAUGAAAAAUAUUAAAGAAAAUUCACCAGCAAAAAAAUUAUUAGAAGCUGAACCGAGCUUCAUCGCGGAUUUCUCUAUUCACAAAGAUGCCGAGCCACCCUCAAGAAAGAUCAAAUUAGUCAGAUACCAACAAAAUCCCGAAAAAUAUUGGGGUCCCAAGCCGAGAGCCACUGGAAAGCGUAAGAGUCAAGAAGUUGAAAAAGAUAAUAAAAAUGAAGAGCAUCUUUCAAUGUCAUCAAAAAAGUUUGCGCCUGAUAAAGACUGUGAUUCUUAA